CUGUUGUCAUUCCACUGUCAAAACUACAAGUUUAAUUCAUGUUUUAGUUUAUAAGCAACUUUAACUGUACAUCUGCGAUACUUUAUUAAUCGACAUGCCGCUAGGUUUAUUAUAAGACUCUAAGUUAUAAACUCUGGAAAAUCUUUUUUUAUUCGUUUACAUUGUUUCGUUUUGAUAACUGUCCGAUGGGAUUAUUAUGUGGAGCGCUGUGUGGUGUUAUUGUCACAUUAUCAGUAUUUAUUUUGCGAAUAUUUGUUAUAUUACGGCAUGGAUCUACACAUAAACCGGGAAAGAAGGGGUCUGUGUCGGUUCUGGUGGUGGCAGGAUCAGGAGGUCACACGACUGAAAUCAUUCGUUUGAUGGGGGCUUUAUCUCCGUUUUAUAAACCUCGACACUAUGUCCUCGCUGACACUGAUAAAAUGAGUGAAGAGAAGAUCCGAGCAUUUGAAGCAGAGAGAGAAAAAACAUGUUCAGCAUCACAGUUCACUCUUCAACGGAUCCCUCGAAGUCGGGAGGUACGUCAGUCAUGGAGUUCCUCCGUUCUGACUUCCCUGAGCGCUCUGGUGUCGUCCGUUCCGUUGGUCUUCAGACUGCAGCCGGAUGUGGUACUGUGUAACGGACCAGGGACGUGUGUCCCGCUGUGUGCCGCUGGCCUCCUCCUGGGUGUCCUGGGCGUGAAAAGGGUUUUGAUCGUCUUUGUGGAGAGCAUCUGCCGGGUGGAGACGCUAUCCCUGUCUGGAAAGAUUCUCUAUUACUUUGCUGACUAUUUCUUUGUGCAGUGGGUUCCAUUGAAGGACAAAUACCCCAAAGCUAUUUACUUGGGGAGAUUGGUGUGAGGAGAACAUUGUAUCGUCCUCAAUUGUUUGAGAAUAACAUGUUUUCAUUGAUUUUCUUUACUGUGACGAUCUUUUUAGCGUUUCAUUCCUAUGCAGUUACUGAAUUACUGAAUAAACAGCUUGGUUAGAUCUCAGGGAUGACUGUUUUUUUAGUCAGACUGAGAACUGAAGUCCAGAGGUUGAGCUGAUGUACUUACCUGAGAAAAAAAUCUUACUUGUUCAUACUUGCUGAUGCUUUGUCCUCAUUCUUCUGUUUGUGAUCAAGAAAUGAUAUUGUUAUUUUCUUUCUCAAGAAAAAAAUACAGUAUAAAAUGCAUGAGGGUAUUAAUAGCAUCAAAGAGAUAGUUCACCUAAAAUUUAAAAAAUGUAAACUCUGUAUAUGACAUUUUUUUCUGUAAAACAGAAAAGAAGAUAUUUUGA